AUGGUAGUGGACACACCAUCAAAAAAUCCUCCUACUCCAAAGUGUGAUAAUGGGGACGGGGACGCCGCGGCGGGGGUAGAGGAUGCGGAUGGUGAAUUGGAAUUUGCGCCACAAGAUUCCUGCUCUUCUACUGGUCUAAAACUAGUGAGGGUGAAUGGUGAUGACUUUCCGCGUGACCUCGGAGAUAGAAAAAAACGACGCAAAAGACGACAAGGGGAGAAAUACAAAGAAGCCGACAACCAUAGUGUAGCUACCCAUGACAACACGGCCGACAAUUACCACGGUUCUCUCGGUGGUUUAGGUGGAACAAUCACGUGCGGCCCAGAAGGGCAGAGACAACGCCGAUCCCAACGCCUUCGCGAGAGAAAAGAAACUUCAC